AUGCCUGGUGAUACGGCGGCCAUGACUAACAGCGCGGCUCCGGCUCCCAUGUCAAAUGUCGACCCGGCCAUCUUCGCCUCCCUUCAAGCAAAAAUAGACGAAGAAUCCGCGAUCCGUGACGAGCUCAGGAACAUCGUCGAAACUCUCGCGAAGCAAGGAAGAGUCACGCAGUCAAUCAUCUCCCGCGUCCACAACACGCCUACCACAGACCUUGAAGAAUCCGUCCUCGUACCAUGUUCCGAAACCCUCAAAGAGCAGGCAGCCACGGUGAAAAAUCUGGCGCAGGCUGCUUCCCAGUAUCCCUUCUACAAAUGGAACUCCACGUGGCAGCGAGAGGUUCAAAAUGUGGUCAGCAAUAUACAAAUGUGUGAGUGGCUCAAGAGCGGGAAUCUAGUGACGCUGGAAGAAGUCGGACAGAGACUUGAAGUCCCGGUAAACGUUAAAGGCGAAGAUACCUUUCAAAUUACAAUCGAAGACUACCUCCUCGCCCUGACCAAUAUGAUCGAGGAGCUGGCGCGUCUUGCUCCUAACGCGGUGACUCUCGCCGACUACACUCGGCCCUUGCAAAUUUCAAAAUUCACAAAAGAUGUCCACGCUGGUUUUCAGCUGCUGAAUCUCAAGAACGAUGUACUCCGGCGAAGAGUGGAUGCACUCAAAUACAGUGUCAAGAAGGUGGAAGACGUUGAGCCAACCGCGGCGCUAUACAUUGUGAUGGUGGUCCAGGCUACGUGA